AGAGGCCGCACUAGUAACUUCUCAGGUCCGGGGAUGUUCUCUCCCUGCAUAUAUGUGAGAGGCUCCUGGGGCAGCGCCUGUGAGUGAAGUCACUGGAUUGAAAGGAAUUUCAUCACAUGGCGGCUGAAGAAGUGACCAUUACGGUUCGUCUCAUUCGUUCCUUUGAACACCGAAAUUUCAGACCUUUAGUGUACCAUGGAGUUAAUUUGGACCAAACCGUAAAGGAGUUCCUAGCAUUUCUAAAGCAAGAUGUCCCUUUGAGAACCAGCCUGCCACUACCAUUCAGAAAUUAUAAAUAUGAUAAACUAAAGAUCAUUCAUCAAGCACAUAAGUCAAAGACGAACGAACUGGUGCUGAGUUUGGAGGAGGAUGACAGACUUCUGCUGAGGGAAGACAGCACUCUGAGAGCAGCGGGAGUUGCGAGCGAAACUGAAAUUGCAUUCUUCUGUGAAGAAGAUUACAAGAAGUACCAGGCUAAUCCCGUUUCAUCCUGGUGAAAAAGUCCCAGGAGCUGCAGUUCUGCACACCUGUCUUAAGCUCUUUAUUCCCCUAGUGAGUUUUUGAAAUUG